GGAGGAGGCAUCUCCCCUCCCCCGUGGCUGAGGAGAAGGAGGAGGAGGAGGCCAUCUCUCCUGCCCCGGUGUCUGAGGCAAAGGUAUCCCCCACUGCCCCGGUGUCGGAGGAGGAGGACGACGACGAGGAGGAGACAUCAUCUCCGUUCCCCCGCGUCCGAGGCGGAGGCCAUCCGCCGUCCCCCGGGGCUGAGGAGGCCGGUCGGCCGGCCGGUGUGUGAGGAGCGGGGUGUCCCCCAGCCCCGCGGGCUGAGGGGAGGUACGGCUUUAAAGGCUGGAGGCGUUGCGGAGCGGACUGCGUCAACGGCGGGCGGCGUUGGCGUUGCCGUUGGGCUCGGGGUGGUCGGUCGGCCGGAGGCGACCACGAGCGGCUCCAUCCAUCGCCGGCGGCUCCGAGGGAGGCGUCCGCCCGGCCGAGGGAUGGCAUUCCCUGUGGACCUGUUGGAUAAUUGCAGUCAUGAAGAACUGGAAAAUUCUGCUGAAGACUACUUGUCAGAUCUCCGGUGUCGUGACCCACACAAUCCAGAGUGCUUGACUCUUCUCAACAUUUCCAUUCCUAUUAGCCUGUCAACUGUAGGCUUCGUACCUCUCUACGGUGGAGACCAGACUCACAAAGUUCUUGCUCUUUUUGCCCCAGAGGAUUCACUCACAGCUGUAGCCCUGUACCUUGCAGAUCAGUGGUGGGCUAUUGAUGACAUUAUAAGAACAUUGGUAACGUCCAGAGAGGGGCUUCAGCAGGUGAGAAGUCUUGGAGAGAGAGUGGUUCUCUAUGUUCUGAAUCGAAUUAUAUAUAGAAAACAGGAAAUGGACAGAAAUGAGAUCCCCUUCCUGUGCCAUAACAGUACCGACUUUGCCAAAAUUCUGUGGAAGAAAGGAGAGGCUGUGGGGUUUUAUUCUGUUAAACCUACAGGAAGCAAAUGUACCUCAUUCCUGACACAGAGCUACCAACUGCCAGUGCUUGAUACGAUGUUUGUGAGAAAGAAGCAUCGCGGAAGAGAUUUGGGGCUCCUGAUGUUGGAGGACUUUGUGGAUUCCUUUACAGAUGAUAUGCUUGGCUUACGAUAUCCAUUGUCAUCUUUUAUGUGCACUGCUUGUAAGCAAUACUUUGAAAAGUACCCAGGAGAUCAUGACCUUCUUUGGGAAAUUGAAGGGGCUGGGCACUGGUACCAGAGAACUUCAAUCACUAAUGCAUUACAGAGAGAAACACUCAAAAUUACAGAGGCUUCUCAAAACGAGACUGAAGAAUGUGUCAUUGCAACAACCCCGGCAUAUGAACUAGGAAGUGGGGAUAACCAGCCUAGUGAAAUGCAGCUAACUGUCGAUUAUCUGAAAGGCAAAGAUGCCUUGCUUGCCCAUGCAAGCACUUCUAGAGUGUUGGAUGUAACACCCGUUUCCACCCGCACGCGAAGCAGUCAGUUAAAGCGACCCAAGAUAGGAAAGAAGUUUCAGGAUUCAGAACCUAGUACUCCCCAAGAUGAGGAUGAGAAUGUUCCCCAGACUUCAUCUGCAGCUUCAGUGAGCAGAUUGGAGCCCAAUGCAUAUACGUCUGAAAGCUCAGAAGAAGUAAUUGAAGAACCUGAAGAAAAUGUGAUUGAAUUUGAGGAAGAAACUGAUGAUAGAGAGCAGUCAGAUUUGGAGACACAAGGAUUGUGUACAUCACUCCCUGAAAAACAAGAUGACAAAGGGGAAUCAGAAUUAGAGCCUGUGAAUGGUGAGCUCACAGAAGACACAGUUAAAACUACAGUAGUGACUGAAGAGGAAGCUACUGGUGAUGUUCUGGAUGAAGAAGCAAAAUUGCAGCCUGAUCACUCAACUGAAGAAUCUGUAACACUACUUGUUCCAAUAAUUGUUGAAUCUUCAAAACCUCCUGAGGAUCUUGCACAAGAAAAAGCCGUACGCACGCCUGAUGCAGAAAUGCUAGUGGAGGAAAACAUAGCUGAUGAAAAGGAGAGCCCUGACGAGAAAUUUUCAGUGGUCCCAAGAAAGAAAACGCCUUCUGAGGGUGCAGACGUGAUUGCUGCUGUCCCAAAUGAAGAACCGUCUGACAAUGGCCUCUCAAACUCUGUGGUCACUGAAGCAUCAGAAGAAUCUAUUUCUGAGAAUCUGUCACCAAACACAACUUCCUCCCUGGAAGAUCAAGGUGAGGAGGUGGUCCCUGACCCCCACGAGACCCCCGCUGUCCUUUCUCAGAGUUCUCUGAUAGUGGUCGAACUUGAAGAUGUGCCGUUCCAGCAGAGUACCGGACAAAAGAACCAGCUGGAAGAGCAGUCGGAAGCCUCGUCUGAGCAGCCCGAGCAUUUCACGCAGGCAGCGGAGAAAGCUGCAGACAGCAGCUCGGAAGAAAUCGAGGUCGAAGUGCCAGUGGUAGAUAGGCGGAAUUUACGAAGAAAGGCCAAAGGGUACAAAGGACCAGCGAAGAAAAAAGCUAAGCUAGCUUAAAUGGUGGAAAACUGGAGGUAUUAUGUUCUCCUCUUUGUAACAAAGCUAUUGUAGUUUUUUUAAAAAAAAUAUGGUAAUUAAUAAACAGUGUGGGGCACAGGAUACAGAUGUUUU